AUGAGUUACAAUCCAUAUCAGAAUCAAUACGUGCCGCCACCUCCUCCUAUUCCAACAUCAAGUGGUUUUUGCCCACCGCCUCCAAAUCCAGCAUCUAGUGGAUAUUGUCCAACACCAUCUUUUCCUGCGUCUGAUGGUUUCUGUCCACCACCGCCUUUUCCUGCGUCUGGCAGUUACUGUCCACCACCACCUCCAGCGAUCUUUCCUUCAGGUCCAGGUCAUUAUCCACAAGAAGGGCAUUAUCAAUUUGUACCUCCUCCUGUUUGGCCACAAUCUGGACAUCAUCAUCAUGAUUUGCACCAUCAUAAUCAUCAUGGACAUCAUUGA